UUUCUCCUCCUAUCAGCGCCAUUGUGUGACAGAGUCUCCGGGACCGAGGAAGGCUCGUUCCUCUUUAGCCGACAGGACUGUUUAAAUACCCCUCCAUGUUUCUCUUUCAAACUCCGGCGGACCUGGUCGCGAUAUAUGUUCGGUAAAGGUGCGAAGCGGAAGCUGGAUGAGGAUGAAGAGGGGCUGGAAGGCAAAACGCUGGAGGCGCCGGUGGCGGGUGGGGGACUAGGCCUCGGUCCAGAGGGCCUGUCCAAGGUGUCGUACACCCUGCAGCGGCAGACCAUCUUCAACAUCUCUCUGAUGAAGCUGUACAGCCAGCGGCCACUUGGCGAGCCCAGCCUGGAGCGCCGCGUCCUCAUCAACAACAUGCUGCGACGCAUCCAGGAUGAACUCAAGCAGGAAGGCUCCCUGCGGCCGCUGCUCUUCCCGCCCUCGCCUCCACCAGACGACCCCAUGGAUGAGGGCUUCUGUGAGGCGCCACCCACCUUUGGUGUUUUGUCAGCGGCAGCGACGGCACAGGUAUCCCAGCCUUCUGCGCUGUUGAUGCCGGGGAUCACUCCACCGUCUUCACCCCAUCCAAUGGUGCCUCCCAACUGCCAGGCAUCCCAGGCCUGCCCCAACCGUUUGGAGGCCAGCCUCACCCCUCUGGAAGCCUGCCUCACUCCAGCCUCUUUACUGGAGGAGGAUGGUGGGGAUGGAGCUUUUUGUGCUCCGUCCCCACCCACUCCUCCUCUGUCACCUCCCCCAGCACAACCUCCCCCGUUACCUUCGGCACUUCUGAGUCAGGCGUCCCCGAGGGACCCUGUGCCUGCCUCGUCCAAUGACUGUUUCCCCUCCUCUCUCAGUGACAUGGAGUUGGGUCCUCCCACAGCCAUAACAAGGACAGCAGCAGCUAAUACUAUGACCGUGACUACCUCCCCAGCUCCCACACCACUCACCCAGCCUUCCCACCUAGCACCCCUCUCAACAGCAGCCACAGGCCCCUCCAGAGACUGCAGGACCAUGGGUGCUAAACCAGAGGCAGCUGGUAUCUUCCUAGCGGAUGGCCGCUGUACUGAUCUCCGGCCAAUGGACACUCUGCCCACACUGCCCCCUGGUGGCCUAGUAGACAUUUCUUCCUCUCCUUCAUCCCCUUCUUCCUCUUCCUCACCCUCGGGGUUUCUAUCAGACUUGGCGCUGGACGAUGUCCUGUUCGCUGACAUCGACACGUCCAUGUAUGACUUUGACCCCUGUACGACAGGGGGGGCUGUGAGCGUAACGGCAGGUGCUGGCCUCGCGAAACUGUCGCCGGUGGUGACGGCAGACGACCUCCUCAAAUCGCUGGCGUCGCCGUACAGUGGCCCCGCCCCCCAGGUUUCAGCCAAUCAGCCUUUCAAAAUUGAUCUGACAGAACUGGACCACAUCAUGGAGGUGUUGGUGGGUUCGUGACUCAGAACCUUAGAAACACACAGACAGUUUAAUCCGGAGAAUAGACUGGAAUGAAAAUGUGUGAUUGAUUUAGGGGUUUGUUUUUAUGUUCUUUUUACUCUCUUCAAAGGUCGGUAAUUGUAAACAUUGAUGGUGAUGUCAAUUAGUACUACUAUGACAACUACUACUACACAACACUGUGCAUGCACUGUGCUCGCCUUUCCAAAUAUGGAAAUGAAGUAACCGGGAAACAAAGACACACAUAAGUUUGUAUUUCUAUGCUUGUGAGGACCUCCAUCGACUCCAUUCAUUCCCUACUCCUACAUAUAAACCUAAUCCUAGUUUUAAUCUUUAACCUAAACCUAAGCCAUAACCCUAAAAAGUAACUGUCAAUUGAAUAAAUGUGGACUGUCAAAUUGUCCUCAUUCUGGAGGAUUUUAGCAAUCAUUCUAACUUUGUGAGGACAUUUACUCCUCACAGGUAUUGAAAUACAAGUCAACACACUUAGACAUGACACACAUAUACACACAAAACACACAAACACACUGAAUUUAUGGCUUUUAGCAGAUGAGUGCCUUUCAAAAUGACCACUUAUUCAAUUCCUGUUUUUUACAGUAUUUGUUUUUUUCCGAGUUCUUUUCACUUUAACAGCCUAGAGAGGUCACUCCUCUAAGUUUGUUUUUAAUUUAUUGUAUUGUAUUAAUACCAUUAUUAAGUAAGGUAAUUUGUCAUGAUCAAAUAAUAAUUAUUUAAUCUUUAUCUUAUUACAUAUGCUAUGUUUUAUUUGUAAAGCAAGCAUAAAAAGUUUUUCGUAUUAGCUUGGCUAUAUAAUUACGCUUUGGGAAUAGCUCUAAAACGCAUCGCCUGGUUGUUUGUUAAACUCUUUUGGUAGAAUGAGAUGUCUGUUCUUGUACACAUCAUGUCUAUGAAUUCAGUUCAGGAUUUAUAUUUUUCUUUCCCUUCCUUAUUGGCAGGCACAUGUAACUGUGCUGGAUGCUGUUUUACAUGAGCUCAGUCAUUUGGUCUAGUUCAGCUACAGCAGAAUUCAAAUGAGCUAAAACCACAGGAAAGCUUUAUGUGUUUACAUUGGAAGCGGUAGCAGCCUAUCACCAACUCUUGUCUCCUAGCUAGAUGUAGAUGAUAUCAAAAGUCAAACCUAAGCAGAGACUUUAGGCUCAAAACACAUACUAAAUUUGGCUGUAUAGGACCCCAGAGAAAACAACUGUCAGAAAUAGCAGGGAAAGUCAUUGUACCAAUAUCUCAUAAUCACACAAAGAAAAGGUUAUUUUUAAGUACUAAUUCUUUAUUUUUUAUUUGGUUCCUACAGAAUUAACAACAUGAGUGACACAUGAGACAGAUUACAGCACAGCAUACCAUAUUACACAUACCCUGUAUGAGUAUGUUUACUUGUGUUUAGAAUAGGAGCCCUAUAUGCCAGAUCUCAGGGUUCUGCUCACAUUUGUUCAUUAUGCUGUACAGUUUUGAGGUUGACCCCCAAGCUCAUGUAUGUUUUAAAAACAUACAAUAGCAGGAGGGCUAAAUCUGUCUCGUAAAUAAUUUGAAUGUGGAUUUCCAGGGAAACACAAACCACAGUGUUAACCUGAUACUGCAACAAUACAAAAGACUGUUUCGAAACACUACCCUCCUGCUCAGGCCACUAUGCAUGAUUUUUGGCACAAAAAGACUAAAUGUGAUGGUGGCUAAGAUGAGGGUCACAUGAGGUUUCCUAAGAUCUACAUGUUUUUUUCCCAGUAGAUCACACACAGACACACACACACACACACACACACACACACAGACGCACACACACACACACACACAGAGUUUUAAAUAGAAUGGGAAUGCUCUGUUUACCAAUCAAAUAUCAUGUCUACAGAGCCUUUUAAAUGCUAUUUACUGAAUUUCAACAUAGUCCUGUUUACACAAAUGUCCUAUUACAUUUUUAAAUUAGUUGAUGUUAUGUUUGAUAAUUUAAUUAGGAUAAAUGUAUUGCAGAGCUUUUGGAGAAAACUGUUGUGCCACAGUCAUCUAAAUCUAUCUUAUCAGACUGCUGAUCUCCAUUCAGAACGAACGGAUCCAGAGCUUCACAAAAACUUCUGCAAGGAUUUUGUAUUUUGUACAGUAUAGCAGUGACACAUAUUUAGCCAGGAUUUGCACAUAGCCAAUUCUGAAUUAGACCAACAUGUUGGCACCAGGAGUCUGAUAGAUACAAAAGGCCAGCAGUACACCUACCGUAUUUCCCUUUAUGAUGAAGUGAAACUAGUUACAGGACCACUGGAUAGUACAGUUUUAGGAGUCUUCAUGGUGUAGAUACGUGGCUUGUUUUUAAGAAUUGAUACAACAAAACAAAAAGUUGUAAAAUGCCUUUUCUUUUGCAAUAUUUAAAAAAAACAGGAGCAGUGAGUCAACAAAAGACUAACUUGCUUCUAAGACAAGUGCAAUGAGAUUUUAACCAAGAGGCUCAAAUAUUAAAUGACAAAUCCACCCUGGGAAACCUGUACACUUAUUUAUCACCAGUCAUUAAUGUUCACUGCAUUUCAGGUCUUGCUUGGUGGUGAAGUGUUGUAAAUGUAUUCAGGCUACUUUUGGUGAAGUUGGACUCCUCUUUUUGUAUGAUUGUUGAAUAUCAGUGCAAAAUGGUGGUAGGGGGUUUUGUUCUUGUUUUUUGGGCUACUUGGGGGCAAAGCUGAGUUCUGGACCAGAAAACCAGUACGAUGUACUAAAAGAAGCUAAAACGCUCCAUAGAACUGCAGAGUUUUGUAAUAAUUAUCUCUGAAUUCAUCACUACAAAUGACACCUUAUACAUUAUGCAUAAUCAUUCGAAUCAGUAAUAAAAUAAAAUAUAUUGAGUGCAGCUUUAAUGUGUCAUUUUAGCUUUUUCUGCUGCCAAACAUCGUUGUAACUACUGUUCACUUUAUCUUAUCAUGAUACAUAUCAUCUAUAUUUGAUUAGCGAUUCAAUAUAAGAAAAAUACACCACAGACAGAGACUGCAGUGUCCCAGAAAUGCAGGGUACAUCACUAAUAGGUGUAUUAUAGGUGAAUAGGUAAUUUAGGGUGGAUUUCUUCCUUCAAAAGUUGUUAAGUGACAGAUAACACAAGAAACCCUAGACACUUCUGUGUCUGCCAACACAGCCUUGCUAUGUUGUGAAAUGGUAUGUUAAUAGUAUUUCGAGCACAGUUCCUAGCUGCUGGGAUUCAGCACUUGUUAGUGGGACAAAAUGUGUUAUCUGGAAUGCAGUCUGACUCAUACUGUGUUGGCCAACAGCGAUGAGGUUGGGGUGAUGUUAAAACUUGUUCUAAUGGAAGAUCAUUAGUUUCUAGUGUGCAUUUGACCUAAGUUAGUAUAUUAAUGAAUGAACUGAAUUCAAAGCAGAGUGUGAGCCGAGCAGAUAGCAGCACUAACUAGUACUGUUUGUAGACGACUGUGUCUUGUUUCUUUCACAAUGUUUGAAUUUUGGAGUGCUUGUUUUUUUGUCAAUGAAGUUAUUUAUUCAUAUUGUUCUUUCUUUUCUGUGUAAAUAUAUUUAUUUUUGAUGUGAAGUGAACAUUUGGAUUGUAAAUGUGUGUACAGAAUGUGUGGUAGGAAUGUACUUCAGAUAGGAAUGUAUCUGAGUGUGGAAUUAUGGGUGGAAGCCAUUUUUUUAAUAUAAAUAGGUAGUUAUAUUA